CUGCUGCUGCUGCUGCUGCUGGCGGCGGCGGCGGCGGCCGCGGGGCAGCCCCGGCCCAGCGUGGUGCUGGUGGCCUCUGACUCCUUCGAUGGACGCUUAACAUUUUAUCCAGGGAACCAGACUGUGGCCCUGCCUUUCAUAAAUUUUAUGAAGCGAUAUGGCACUGUCUUCCUCAAGGCCUAUACCAAUUCUCCAAUUUGUUGUCCUUCCCGCGCAGCUAUGUGGAGUGGUCUUUUUACUCACUUAACUGAAUCCUGGAAUAACUUCAAAGGCCUAGAUCCAGGUUAUGUAACGUGGAUGGAUCUCCUGCAGAAGCAUGGCUACCACACAAAGAAGUUAGGGAAAAUAGACUAUACUUCUGGACAUCAUUCAGUGAGCAACCGUGUUGAAGCCUGGACCAGGGAUGUUGCCUUCCUGCUUCGACAGGAAGGGAGACCCACGGUCAAACUUACUGGGAAUAAGACACACAUAAGAGUAAUGGAGAAAGAUUGGCAGAACACUGAUAAAGCAGUAAACUGGAUAAAGGAAGAAGCCGUUAACUUUACUCAACCGUUUGUUCUUUACUUGGGAUUAAAUUUACCACAUCCAUAUCCAUCACCAUCUACAGGAGAAAAUUUUGGAUCCUCUACAUUUUUAACAUCUCCCUAUUGGCUUAAAAAGGUAUCAUAUGAAGCUAUUAAAAUUCCCAAGUGGUCUUCUCUUUCAGAGAUGCAUCCAGUAGACUAUUACUCAUCUUACACCAAGAAUUGCACAGGAGAGUUUACAAAGGAAGAAGUGAGGAAUAUCAGAGCGUUUUAUUAUGCUAUGUGUGCAGAGACAGAUGCCAUGCUUGGUAAGAUUAUUUCAGCUCUGAGAGAUACUGGGCUUCUUAAACGAACAAUCAUCAUAUUCACUGCAGAUCACGGAGAACUUGCUAUGGACCACCGACAAUUCUAUAAAAUGAGCAUGUAUGAAGGGAGUUCCCACAUUCCUCUCUUAGUUAUGGGGCCAGGCAUCAAACAGCAGCAGCAAGUAUCAGAUGUGGUAUCUCUUGUGGAUAUUUAUCCUACUAUGCUUGAUAUAGCAAGAAUUCCUGCUCAGCAGAACCUCAGUGGAUAUUCGCUUAUGCCCCUGUUAUUUGAAGAGCUAGAAAAUGAAGUGGUGACAAGAAAGCCUCGGCCUCCAUGGGUCCUGAGCGAGUUCCAUGGCUGCAAUGUGAAUUCUUCCACAUACAUGCUCCGAACGGACAGGUGGAAGUAUAUCACAUACUCUGAUGGCAAUUCAGUACCUCCACAACUCUUUGACCUUUCUGCCGAUCCAGAUGAGUUAGAAAACAUUGCCAUGAAGUUCCCAGUAGUUGCACAUUCCUUGGACAAAAUACUUCGCUCCAUAGUAAACUAUCCAAAGGUUUCUUCUUCUGUUCAGGAGUAUAAUAAGAGGGAAUUUAUCAGCUGGAAACAAAGUUUGGGUCAGAAUUACUCAAAUGUUAUUGCCAACCUCAGGUGGCAUCAAGACUGGUUAAAGGAACCAAAAAAAUAUGAGGAUGCCAUUGACAAGUGGCUCCAUCAGAGGCAACACCAAUAAAUAAAUAAGCUGUUGACUCUAUGCAAAACAACCCAGAUUUGAUACAGUGGAGGAUAUGAAGACAUUAUGGAUUUGCUCUAAUAAUGCUGUAGUUCAAGUAUUAAAAUUACAGGGUUAUAUAACCUAUUUAAGUAAAAAUGCUGCUCCAAUUACAGAUUUGUAUUAGAAAGUCAAUAGCAUUUUAUAUUACUAGCUAGCUCACCAAAUCUAAAUUGUACCAGAUGUUGUUGUUCUGUAACAUUUAAGUAUAUAGAAGAAAGACAGUGGAUAAGUCAUAAUUACAUGUAUGGAAUAUUAUAGUUUAUUGCAAAAAUGAGCAAAGUAUAAUGCAAUAAAAGCCACUAGGAUUUUGAAUUUCUAUGGACAGAUUAAAGGAAGGAUGACAAAAUAUGGUGUUGUGGAAUACUGAUUACAAUGAUAUAUGCUGGAGCUACCUUUGGAUCAUGACAAAUUUAAAAUCUGCCUUAAAGAGGCUGCAGAGAUUAAAACUUAAUCAAAAAGAUAUCAGCUAGUAUUGGUCUGCACAUAAAUGCAAUUUAGUCAAGUAUCUACCAUGUCUAUAUUCCCUUUGUAUCCCUCAGGGAUUUCUAUGCCCUUUCAAGAUGUGCCUUCUAAUCUCUGGCUUUUGGAUCUGGUAAUUAUAACUUCUUCCUGUUCAAAAUUUCCUAGUAGACAUUAUUUACUAUUCAGCGAACAUGUUUAAAAGUGAAUAGGAAAUUGGUCUUCCAUACUACUGGAUUUUUUUAAAAAAAAAAAAAAAGUAAAAAUAAAUUAAAAAUAAAAAAUAACUAGAACUGUUCUCUGAGUAGUGCUAGUGAGGUUUGGAUAGUGU